AUGUCCUGGUGGCGCGACCGAUGCCACACCCUUGAAAAAGAGGUCUCCGUCGAGCGCAGUGCGAAAGAAGCCCUCGUCAAGGAGUUCCGCUCAUCUUUGUCGAAUAAAAGCUCGGACGAAUCGCGGAGCUCCCCGGCCGACCGUGCUGUCCACGAAGCGACCGUCACUGCCAGUCCCUCGAAGGAGAAGACCCAGGCCGACCGGGAAGAGGUGCCUCUGGGUUGCAGCAACUGUUCCUCCACCCACUGUCAGUGCAUUGAGGAUGCCUUUACCAUGCCUGGUAUCGACCGGGGCGAACCGUCAUCCAAGCGCCUCGCCACUGCGGGACAACGUACAGAGCCAGAGAUCAAGCCAGACCCAGAGGAGAUGGAGAUUGAUUUCACCACCCGAUUUGCCGCUCCCCAAGCGCAUGAUGACACGGCCGUCUCCUCCCCCGCGGUUGACCCCUGCGGUUUCUGUCAAGAUGGAACUCCCUGCAUCUGUGCAGAGAUGGCGGCGCAAGAGGAACAGCGCCGCCGCCGGAACUCCUUCGAGAACAACCGUCUCGCCCCGAUCCAGAAUCUCUCGCAGUUCACCCCGCCGCCAUCCGAAGGGGAUCACCCUUUUUUGCAAGACGCUGGCGGCAUCCCGCUCCGCCAGCGUUGCCUCCUCCGGUUGUUGCGGCGGUAA